AUGUAUUGUAUGGGGAAUAAAAAACGUAAUAGACAUGAUUUACAAUACCAUUCCAAUGAAGUUAAUAUUUUGAAUAAUAAUGAAAUGUUUCAAACAAUUUCAUUGAAAAAUCAAAUAUGUUCAGAUGGAAUAAAAAUUUUUAUUAAUAAAGAAGUUAAUGAAAAUUUAAUUUUACAAGAAAUAAUUAAUCAAAUUAUGAAUUUAAAAGAACAAUAUAUUAAGACAAAAGAUACAAAUUAUCAAGUUAUGGUUGGGCCCAAAGGGAAUCAAAUAUAUGUUGAAAAAAAUAUUCAAUUUGAGAAUAAAAUAAUAUCACAAAUAAUUCAAGAUUUACAAAGUAAUUUAAAUACAUUUAAAUUAUCAUUAUUAAGAGAUAAUUUAUUUAAUGAUUAUCAAUUUCAAAUAAAUCAAGAUAAGUUAACAAUAUUUAGUGAAAGAGAUAAUCUAAUGAAGACAAUUAAUUUGUUCAAUGAUAAUAUUAAAUUAAAUUUUAAAAAGUUUCCAAAUAUAACUAAUUAUAAUAUUGAUUAUAAAUUUUCUACAACAAGUAAAUUAAUUGCACAAAUAAUAAUUGAAAUUCCUUAUCAUAAUUAUGAUGGAUUAUCCUAUUUUAAUGAACCAGAAUAUAUUUCAUGUUAUUCAAAGAAUACUCAAGAUGAUUUAACUUAUAGAGUAUUAGAACAAAUACGAUUACAAUAUAUAAAGAAACAAAAUAUUACUACAAAACGAAUGAGAUGCCAAUAG